AUGGUUCAGUGCGAGCUGAUCAAUGACCCAACGAUAAAACCAUCGAAAGAUUUUAAUGCCAAGACUGACGCCGAAACUGUAGCAGCCGGUCAUGAAAAGGACAUUGCUCGUAUGAUAUUUCACCGAACUUACGCCGAACGAAAAGAAAUAGCAGAUUAUUACGAUAAAAACACGAGUUCUCAAUCUGGAAAAUCUUUCAUCAAAGCUAUCAUAGCUUCUUCGUCUGAAACUAGUUUGGAUGCUUUGUAUAUCAUGGCGUUGGUACCUGCAGAUGAAAUAUUAGCCAACUGCCUUCAUGAUAAUAUCCAUCACAAGCACAGUCCAGAAGUAGGAGCUAUAGAGGAGAUCGUCUGUGCAAAUGAUAAAGGAAUGAAGGAUCUCAUAAAUAAAAAAUACCAAACAAGGUUUGGAAAGUCUGUUGAGGAUGAAUUGGCACGGUUCAAAGAAGACGAUAAAGCCUAUCAGGACGUCAUACAAAAGUACUGCUGGAAAGGAUUAUGCCAAGAUAAAAAAAUCACUCCAGAGGAUGCAGACAAGGAAGCUAAAGCAUUACGAAAUAUUAGUCCCAAAAAAAAACAAACGGAUUUCAAAAACAAACUAAUCGAGCUACUUGAUAAGUAUUGCGAACUAGACCUCAAACAAAUCUUCCAAAAAUAUCGUCAAGGUGAUGACGGCAUUGAUGGUGCUGUUGGCGACGCAUUCGAAGUUGAUAGGCAGCGAAGAGCUUAUUACUAUUUAGUAAGAGCCAUAGAAGACAUCUGCCAACUUUAUGCCUUCGAGUUACGUCAUGCAGCGGACGAUGCAAGUCACAUGCACCUUGAUAAAAUCAACAGAAUAGUUUUGAGCAGAUGCGAGCGAGACUUAUUCUGCAUUAAUAAAGCCUAUCGCGAUGAUGGUUACGACACCUUUACUAGUCGUUUAGCGGUGAUAAUUUACAGAAUAUUUGCACAUUCCUAUACUGCAGUGGCGUAG